AUGCUAAAGGAUAAAAUACCCCGAACUAUAACCCCCGGUGUUUUGAAGCCGUCACCCCCGGUACGUGGGAGGUGCCAGACAUACACAGGGCUUUUCCAAAGACUGGGCACGGUGCGGCCUUUGGCCCAUGAGAAGCCCCAGGGCUGUGCAGCAACUCCGCCGAGAACAGCCGAUGGCAACACCCACUCGGACCCUGUCCCGGCGGCGGAACCCGGGCUGGCCCCGCCGCUUCCGUCCUUCGCCCUCCCUCGGCCCGCGGCCCUUCCCUGCCGCCCGGGACCCCGCCCGCCGGCGCCGGCAGCGCCUCGGUCCGGCCCGGCCGCCUCUUCUCUCCGGACCUCGUGUCCUCCGAGCGCUCACUCGGGCCGGACACUCACCCGGGUCGCCCUCAGCGCAGCCAUCUCGGCGGGGUUCCGGCGGCUCCGGCGGGGCGGGGCUCGGGAGGCCGGGGCGGUGCCGCGCGGGCCGCCCGCCGAGCCGGGGGAGGCCGGGCCCGGGCCGGACCGCCCCGCUGACGGGGAGAACGGGCACUGCUCCGUCCUGCGGCCGGCCCGGCUCGGGGGCGAGGAGGGAGCGAGCGGCCCACCCGCACCAACACGGGCAGGGUCUGUGUUUCACUUUCUGAGGCCGAAAGGAAGGCGGCCCCAGGCUCGGCCGCUUUGCUGUCUGUGUGCCGAGUCUCGCGGACUGGCUCCAAGCACCUACAUCAUCCACCUUGUUGUAGAGAUUAAAGAAUGGAAGUUCCAGAAAAAGGAAGGAAAGAAUGCAUGGAGCCAAGACAAAGAAAUGAAAAGCAACUUGAAUUUUCUGUGGUGCUCUAGAGUGUGGAGGGCCUGUGGGGUGAUGCAGCAAGCAUCAAGCUGGACCAGCCAGGAAGUCGGCACUCCUGAGGCAGGGAAGAGGCUGGGAUCUGGGCAGGUUUGCUGGGCAAAUGUGCAUGUGCUUGGGCAUCCAAGGAGUCUCGUGCAUGUGCCUGCACUAGUCAUCUUUUGUCUCUGCCAGCACAAGAGGAGGAGAGGAUGUGGCUGCCUGUGCUCUGUUCUGGAGCUGAGGGUGGGUCUGUGUGGAGGUGCUGUUGUAGGUGCCUUGUCACUGGCACUGCGCGUGGCCGAGUCAGCGUCCCCUGUGUGUGUCUCUAGGACAUGUGCUCAGCUGCACGACUGGCUGGGCCUGCACAUGGGAAGGUGGCAGCCCUGUCCCCCUGCCUGGGCAGGGACCCUGCAUCCCCGGCUCCAGCAUCCCUGGGCUCCAGCAGCUGGGCAGGAGGGGUCCUGGAGCUGCAAGAAGUGACAGACCCUCCUAACACCCUCUGACAUUUUUUAGCCAUAAAAGGACUUUUUCUUUUCCCUCUAUGGUGGCUUAUUUUAUUCAAAACUUUUUGAUGAGGAACCUUCUGGAAUGUUUUCAGAAAUCCAAAUAACCUGAAGAUCAGCUGUAUUCCCUCAUUUUUGUGUCUGCCAACUCCUUGGGAGGUCUCCAAUGGAUCUGCAGUUUUCUGGAUUUUCAUCAGAAGUCUUUUCAAAAAUGUUGAAAAUGUUUAUCACCUUCAAGUCUAUAUAUGCAUACAAGGCUUAAAGAAAAUACUGGCUCUACAUAUUCUCUUCCUCCUCUUGGCCUUUAAAAAAAAGGAAUUCUUUUUAGCAUCUACACUUUUUGCAAAUUAAUGCUUAAACUCUUUUUUGGUCUGCCUUCCUGUGCUUUCACACUUAACCUGCCAAAGUUUGUGAUCCUUUAUAAUUUAGUAAUUUGAACACAACUUUAAUCUAUCAAAAUAUUCCUCCUUGUUUGUAGCUACUGUCCUUUUUAUUCUAUAUAGUCAUGCUGACUUCCUUUUGCCAUUUCUCAGGCCCUUCUGAGAAACAUGAAUAUACAAAGAUGAUGGGCUGUCUCUGAAAGUGGUCUCCUUACAUAACCUUCUAUGUAUCUGAAUAACUGUUUUGUAGUUUUUAGCACUAGUCUAACCUUCUGUAUUCUUUUUAGCAAGUUUUCUAUUUUAGUUUAGUGGAUUUUUAAGUUAUUCCUUGGUUCUGGUAGUUAGAACCAAGUCAAAAGUUACUUCCUCUCCUGCAGAAUUCUACAUUAACUUCUUAUUGUUAACAAUAAUUUUAUGUUGUUCUAUAAAGCCUAAUGAAAAGAAAGAAAGAAAAAAAAAAAACUUUGCUAGAGUGCAUGUGAGUAUUUUUUUGUUGCCAGAACUUGGAAGUGCUGUGUAAGCAAAACCUUAUCUCUGGUUGUUAGUCAUAGCCCUACAUCUCUCUAUCUCUCUCUCUAUCAUCUGUCUAUCUAUCUGUCUAUUUCAAUCUAUCUUCUGUUAAAUACAACAUAUGCUUUAGGAUAUAUAUAGAGCAUAUAUGUUAAAUAUAACAUACGUUAAAUACAAUAUAUAAUAAAUAAUAUAAAUACUA